AAGAUGGCGCUGAUAAGACGGACUGGACGAGGAGCAGCUCCAGUCCUCUCUGUCCUCCUUCCUCACUGCACUGUGGGCUCUCCGGCUGACUCCGAACAUGAAGCUGUCCGGGCUGCUGGCUGCGUUUUUGCUGUUCUGUACUUACCGGACAUGUUUCGGGAUGUCUCAUCCUAAACCGGCCUGUCGGUAUCCUCCGUCACAGUGGUGUCGGUCACUGGAAAUAGCGUUGGAGUGUAAGGUUCAGAAGCAGUGUAUGGAGGUGAAUGCCAUUCGGCCCAACCAGACUGUUCCUCCGGUAUCUGUCACUCUGUACUAUGAGAGCAUGUGUCCAGACUGCAGAAUCUUCAUCACCCAGCAGCUGUUCCCCACCUGGACGAUGCUGCAGGACAUCAUGGCCGUCACACUGGUGCCUUAUGGGAACGCUCAGGAGUUUCCAUCAGCAAAUUCGCCCUUCAGUUGUCAGCAUGGAGAGCCUGAGUGCAGAGGAAACAUGAUUGAGGCCUGCAUCAUCCAUUUAACUGGGCACUCGGCUGCAUUUCACAUAAUCUACUGCAUGGAGUCGUCUGCAGAUGUUCUGAAUGCUGCACAGCCUUGUCUCCAGCUGUACGCUCCCUCUAUCGCCUGGUCCACUGUUGACUCCUGUGUGGAAGGAGGUCUGGGAUACCAGCUGAUGCACAAAAAUGCUGUCAUGACCAGAGCUCUGAACCCUGCCCACACAUACGUCCCCUGGGUCACCAUCAAUGGGGAAUACACGGAAGAGAAUGAAGACAAGGCAAUGUCAUCCCUUUUCCAACUGGUUUGUCAGCUGUACAAGGGCGUGAAGCCUCCAGCCUGCACUGGAGCUGCGGUCCGACUGAACAGAAGCCUCUGCUGAACCCAACAGUAUAAACUUUAAAAUGUCUGUGUGUUCUGCAGGAAAAACUGAAAUAUUUCGUUGAAUUGUCUAUGUUUAGUGUUACAGAGUAUUUGUAAUCAAUAUCAGCAUAUACUGAGUUUUAGUGUCACAAAGCAGAUUAUUAAAUUCUUCUUGUCCUGUG